CAAAUUUAGAAGGUGUAUAAUCUUCGUUGUUCAAAGUUGAAACUAUUAGUUCAACAGUUGAACCAGAAGAAUUGAAAUCGUUUGCAAAUUCACAAAACUGCAACAGUGAGCAAAUAAUAGAACAGAUAAAAGCAGAAAUGGCAUACGUUUCUCCUCUAAUAAACCCUUCAGCAUCACUGAAUUUCAUCAAAACCACAAGCACGCUGCUGUUGAUAAAACCCUACGUCGCACCAAAAUUCUUCACACUCCACACAAAUCCUUUUGCCCUGAAUUGCACAAAAUUCACCUCGCUCGCCGCAGCUUCCGAAACAGAAAGCGACUACGACACCGAUGGAAUUGAAUACUCGGACGACGAAGAAGCGCCGCCGCCAAAUGGACAGUCUCCGUCUCCGGUGAAACAGCGCCGGCGCCGUUACAGGAAGAAGUACCCGGGCGAGGAUAAUGGCAUCACCGAGGAGAUGCGGUUCGUGGCCAUGAAACUCAGAAACAACGGGAAAUCAAAGAGCCGGAGAGCUUCUGCUGCUGCUGUUGUUAGUGAAGACCUAGAAAUUGAGAGUGACAAAGAGAAAGAGGGAAACAACGGUGAUGAGAUUAAUGAGACGUGGCAGCCGAGUAUUGAGGGGUUUAUGAAGUUUUUGGUGGACAGCAGACUGGUUUUCAGCACGGUUGAGCGCAUUGUUGAUGAGUCUACUGACGUUUCUUAUGUUUACUUUAGGAGGACUGGUUUGGAAAGGUCAGAUUGCAUUUUAAGGGAUUUAGAAUGGUUAAGGGAGCAAGGUCAUGAGAUUCCAGAACCUAGCAAUCCAGGAGUCAACUACGUGAAAUAUUUGGAGGAUCUUGCGGACAAGAGUCCGCCGUUGUUCCUCUGCCACUUCUACAACAUCUAUUUCUCACACAUAGCCGGGGGACAAGUGAUAUCUAGACAGAUUCAAACUCGUUACCAGGUCUCAGAUAUGCUCUUUGAUGGGAGAGAACUGGAGAUCUAUAAAUGGGAUGGAGAUGCAGAAGAGUUGUUGAAAGGUGUUCGUGAGAAGCUUAACGCGCUUGGAGAGCAUUGGUCAAGGGAUGAGAAAACCAGGUGCCUAAGAGAAACAACCAAAGCAUUUCGGUUCCUGGGCCAGAUAGUACGGCUGAUCAUACUUUAAACCAAUGCUUAUUAUACACCAAACUUGAGUGGCCAAAAGUUGGUUUCUUUUAGCAACAAGAUGUUUGUUGCAGUAGUGGUUUUGUUGGUUGGUCUAGGGAUUUUGGUAUUUAAUCAAAAUCAAUUAAGUGUUAUCUAGGGACUAGGUUACAUCAACAAAGCUAUCAUCUAGGGAUUUUGGUAUUCAAUCGAAAUCAAGUAUUAUAGAAUUUUCCCAACAUGUUGAUUUGUCUAUAACAGUAUCAUAUUUCUUCA